AUACGUUUGAUUUCAGCUCUCAGAAUUUGUUCAGUGGGAGGGACCAACCUUGCAUAUAAAGACUGGUAUUCCUGUUGUACGGUUCCAGGACGUGUGAGAUCACAGUACAGGAAGGAGUCGAAUAACUUCACUGGCUGAAGAUGCUGAGGAUCAGUGUGUGGCUGUUGUUGGGGGUGUUUGUGUGGGACUUUGCGUCCGGCAUCAUCACCUGUCCUGACGGGACAGACUGCCAGGAUAACAGCACCUGCUGUAGGUCUACAGAUGGCUAUAGAUGCUGUGGUUAUCCAAAUGCUGACUGCUGCCCAGACCAGACCCACUGCUGUCCAUCGGGCUAUCGUUGUAACAUGGCCUCCCGGAUGUGUGAGAAAAAGGGCCAGCCGUGGAUGAAGAUAGCCAUGGAGAAGAAGAUGGCUGCAGAGGAACCGGCCGCUCCUGUUCUACCUGUUUCUCCCCUGCAGGAGCUCACAAACAACCACGUCCCAGAGGCAUCAAAGAGCUCAGUGGUGCCGUGCGACAGCUACCACACUUGUCCGGAUCGCACUACCUGCUGCAGACACCCCACAGGUGUCUGGUUCUGUUGCCCCUACUUUCCUGGCCGCUGCUGUCUGGAUGGCUACCACUGUUGCCCAUAUGGCUUUGACUGUGACCUCACUUACACCCACUGUGUGAGGCAGGGCCUGACAUAUCCUUUCACCCCCAGACAAGCUCUGUCGUCAGUCCCCGCCACUCGCAUUUCACCUCCAGACAACGAGGUCAGCUUCAAGGAGACACCUAUGACAGCUCUAACCGAGGCCCGUGACGGUUCCCCUGAGACUGGAGUGAUUCGCUGCGAUUCCAAGUCAUACUGCUCAGGCGGGACGACUUGCUGCAAAGGAUCCAAAGGCCAGUGGACCUGCUGCCCCUACCCACUGGGCCAGUGUUGCAAAGAUGGUCAGCACUGCUGUCCAUAUGGAUCCACCUGCGACCCCUCCUCCUUGAAAUGCACGGCAUUUUACUCUGUGUUCCCCUCAGGAUCACAGGAGCAUGUGAAAACAGACUGAGGACAUGCUGUUACAGUGCCCGGGGCAGAUUUCUCAUAAUUUGUUCACAUUAUUUUGGUUCAUAUUUCAGAUUACUGUAAUGAUGGCUUGUUGUCCCAGUAAAGAAAAUUAAAGAUUCA